AUGAAGCUCAGCGCCUUCUUCUCCACUGCUGUCCUCACGGUUGUCAUGACCCAGGCGCAGGAGCAACAGCAAGAGCAGCAACAGCAAUCCCCAGUAGAAUGGCAGCCCAAGACCAUUUCGCACAAGGAAGUCAAGCCGUUUGCUGAACCUAAACCAGUGACGAUCUCCGAGAAGGCUGGUGUUAAGUUCAAACCACAGAUCGCUGUCAAGACCGGGUGCGUUCCGUACCCCGCAGUGAACGAGGAUGGCGAAACCAGCGGUGGUCUCCAGACGUCCGGUAGUCCGCAGGGCGGAUGCCGAGGAUCCGGUCACGGUUCGCAGGUCUACGGCCGCUCUACGUGGUUCAACGGUCUGUGGGCCAUCAUGUACUCCUGGUACUUCCCCAAGGAUGCGCCGUCUUCUCGUAUGGGCCACCGUCACGACUGGGAGCACAUUGUGGUGUUUAUUGACAACCCGGAAGUACCUGAGCCGAAGAUUCUGGGCUGUUCACCGUCGUGGCACAGUGGGUACAACAAAUACGCCCCAUGCCCGGCCGACGUCAUUGACGGCAGUAGCGUCAAGGUCAAGUACGAGCACUCGUGGCCGCUCAACCACGCGCUGGACAUCACAAAGGAGGCUGGCGAUUUCCAGGACCUGAUCAUGUGGGAUCAAAUGUCGGAUCUGGCGCGCAGGGCAUUGAACGAUACCAAGUUUGGCAAGGCCAACACGCCCAUGAAUGACUGGAACUUCCUCGGAAAGGUGGAGAAGUCUUGGCCGUUCAAGAAGUAA